AUGGGAAUCUCUUUGCAACAGACGGGAAUCCACUUGCUAUCAACAGAUUCAACUGUAAUUGCUAUCGGUUGGAUUGAUUGGGAUACGUGCUUUGCUGUCGGGAAGCAAGGUUUCCGCUUUCAAGCUUCACCUCCCCAUUCUCACGAGGGAGAAGUAGAAAAAUCCGAUGCAUCAGCCUUUUCGCCUCACACGAAAGCUGGUACGCUAAACGUAGAAAGUGAGGAUGGCAUAAUACCGGAUUGGUCGUUGUGUGUCACCACCUCCCACCUAUCCUACACAUUCGAUCAAGGUUGUCUCUGCGAAGCUAUAGUUAAGGUGCACGGGGUCUUACCGUCUAGCCGUUGGUACUCCGCAUCUUCACGGAGAAUUCAAUUUCACCGGGUCCAUGUCGGAGACAGCGGGGCAGUCGUUAUACCAUUCGUGCAGGUCGCUACUAAUGCGACAAGGAAUUUCGUUACCUUAGGACAGUUAGAGUUACUGCCGCCAUUUGCCGGGGUUUCUAUUCAAAGCAACUAA